CCCUGGAUGUCCACCUCGCAGCGGGAUCGCCUGGGUUUCUGCCAUGGAUCUGGACGUCAUUACAGCCAAAGUCCUGUCUGAAUGGGAAUGCCUGGAAAGCCCUGGGAGGGAAAGUGAAGGGUCUCUUCAGUCCGCCUCACCUGAGUCCAACACGGACUCCAUGUGCUCCUCGCCGGAGAUGGGAUACCCCGCCGGGCACCAGGAUCAUGUCACGGACUUUUCCUUUGGCUUUUCGGGGCGUAAAGUGAGUCCAGGGGCGCAGAGGCAAAGCAAAUCGAGGAUGUCCACCAAGAGGCGCAUGAAGGCCAGCGAGAGAGAGAAGAUGAGGAUGAGGAGUCUUGCAGAAGCUUUGCACCAGCUCCGGGAAUACCUUCCUCCCGACUACAGCAAGCGAGGUCAACCCCUGACCAAGAUCCAGACGCUCAAAUACACCAUUGAAUACAUCAACAAACUUUCGGACAUUCUGGGCCGUGCGUAAUGUGCGUAAUGGACGCAGUGGAUGGAUUUUACGCACCAGAUUAACUCUACACAGACUCUUUCUGGACAUGCUCAAAAGUCACUUAUGUGGCGUUACUCAUUAUAGUGACGCAAUAUAUUUCUCUUUUCUUAGUCUUGUGUUUUCCCUCUUUUUAUCCGUCAUUGUAAGUGUAAAUAUUUU